UGUGGGCUUUAACACAAAGAGCAGCCAACAAGGUGGUCAUUUUAUGCAAAGGAGGAAGAUUCAGCUGAGGCACAUUUGUUGUGCUGUGUUGCAAAUAAGAUGCAGUCAAGUCAGCUCUACUGGAUUGUUUGGUUGACGGUGAUGACUUCCUUGGCAUAUGCAGAUCAUCCUAAGGUGACACUAAUGAUGAAGAAUCAGAAGGAAGCAGUUUACAUGGAUGAGAAUGUGACUCUGGAGUGUAGCAUUGAGAGUGACUUACCUAACUGGAAAUAUCGCUGGUAUAAAAGAUAUUUAGGCAUAUGGAGGGAAAUGUAUGGCAUCACUGAAGAUACCUACACACUUCAGAGGGUGUUGUCAACUGACAGUGGAGAGUACUGGUGUGCUGCUGUCAGAGAUGAGCAUCCUUACUACUUAGAGUUGAGCAAUAAUGUGACACUGACUGUUCAAGACGAACCAAAGGCAGCACUGAAAAUAAGGAAACCUAUACACAUCGGAGACAAUGUGAUCCUGGACUGCAGCACUGGUGGCAGCCUUACUGGCUGGACAUACACUUGGUACAAACUGAACUGGGAAGGAGACAGUGAUUUACUUAAUGGCACCACUGGAGACACUUACACGGUCCAGUCUGUGACUCAGUCUAAUACUGGAGUGUACUGGUGUAUUGGUAAUAGACGUUUGCUUCCUUAUUUCUCCAAGCCCAGCAAUGCUGUUACACUGAGUUUUCAAGAGAAACUAAAACUCAAACUAAGGAUGAAAAAUCAGAAAGAACAGAUUUACGAAGGGGACGAUGUGACUCUAGAGUGCAGAAUUGAGGGAGGCUUACCUGGCUGGAGAUACCGUUGGUUCAAAACGUGGUCGAACAAGUGGAAGGAGAUUACUGGUAUCACUGGAGACACGUAUACAUUGAAAUCUGUGAGCUCAUCUGACAGUAGAGAAUACUUGUGUUGGGCUGUCAGAGAUGAUCCACAUGAUUACUCAGAGGUCAGCAAUGCCAUGACACUGAAUGUUCAAGAGGAAUUGAAGGCGACAGUGAAAAUGAGGAAUGAGAGGAAACCUGUGUACAUCGGAGACAGCGUCACUCUGGAAUGCAACAUUGAGGGGGGCUUAACUAGCACUAAGUACACAUGGAGGAAGGCAUUUUGGUGGACCAAUCUUCACCACAUCUCUGGAAACACUGUCACAAUCCAUAAUGUGACUCAGUCUGACAGUGGAGCAUACUGGUGUUACGGCUCAUUACCAGUCUCAUAUCUCAGUGAUGUUUUACUUCUGACUGUUCAAGCACCACAAAAAGUGACAUUGAAGAUAAAGAAUCCGAAGGUACAAUUUUACACUGGUGAUGAUGUAACUCUGGUGUGCAGCAGUCAUGGUGACUUAUCUGGCUGGACAUAUCGUUGGUACCACUGGAGCCAGGCAGGCAUGUGGAAUGAGCUUAAGAACACCACCGAAAACACUUACACUCUCCAGUCUGUGGUUCGAUCCGAUAGUGGAAAGUACUGGUGUUACGCUUUCACAGACGAUCCUCUGCAUUACACAGAGUUCAGCAAUGCUGUGACACUGACUGUUAAAGAGAAUCCUAAGGUGACGCUAAAGAUAAAGGAUGAGAAGGAAAUCAUUUACAUAGAGGACAAUGUGACUCUGGAGUGCAGCAUUGAGAGUGACUUACCUAACUGGAGAUAUCGCUGGUAUCAAAGAUAUUUAGGCCUCUGGGGUUAUUUUUCUGACAUCACUGAACGCACUUACACACUUCAGAGAGUGUUACGGCAGUACAGUGGAGAGUACUGGUGUGCUGCUGUCAGAGGCGAUCAUCCUUAUUACUUUGAGUUGAGCAAUCCUGUGACACUGACUGUUCAAGACAAACUAAAGACGACACUGAAAAUGAAGAGACCUGUGCACGUCGGAGACACUCUGACUCUGAAAUGCAGCAUUGAGGGCAGCUUUACUGACUGGACAUACAAGUGGUACAAACUGAACUGGGCAGGAGGGAGUGAUUUACUCAAGGGCACCACUGGAGACACUUACACUGUCCAGUCUGUGACUCAGUCUGAUACUGGAGUGUACUGGUGUGUUGGUGACAAAGAUGUGCUUCCUUAUUUCUCUGAGCCCAGCAAUGCUGUCACACUAACUUUUCAAGAAAAACUAAAUGUCACCCUAAAGCUGAGAACUCAGAAGGAAUUGAUUUACGAAGAAGGCAAUGUGACUCUGGAGUGCAGAAUUGAGGGGGCCUUACCUGGCUGGAGAUAUCGCUGGUUCAUAUCCUGGGCAAACACGUGGAAGGAGAUUACUGGCAUCACCGGAGACACGUACACGAUGAAGUCUGUGAGCUCCUCUGACAGUGGAGAGUACUGGUGUUGGGCUGUCAGAGAUGAUCCACCUGAUUACUCAGAGGUCAGCAAUGCUGUGACAGUGAAAGCUCCAGAUGGAUUAAAGGCAACAGUGAAAAUGAAGAAUGAGAGGAAACCUGUCUACAUCGGAGACAACGUCACUCUGGAAUGCAACAUUGAUGGGGGCUUAACUAGCACUAAAUACAAAUGGGAAAAAGAAAUUCGGUGGACUGAUCUUCGCCGCGUCUCUGGAAACACUUUGACAGUCCAGAGUGUGACUCAGUCUGAUAGCGGAGCGUACUGGUGUUACGGCUCUUCACCAGUCUCAUAUCUCAGUGAUGUUUUACUUAUGACUGUUCAAGCUAACAGAAACACACAACAAAGGAGUGCUUGUCAACAGGGGUGAUGGACACAAGUGCAGCUCAGUAGCUGAUUAAAUUCACUGUGCGGAAAAAUCAAGUGGGGCUGCCAAUCUGAGUUAUUCUCACUGCUCUCCACUUUAAGAUGAGUAUUUCAAAAGAGUGUGUAGCAUACAGCUGACUCAACCGAUAUUUGAGAAAAUGUCCCAAACAUAUUACCUCAAGUUUGAAGUCCCACCCUUCAAACACUGUGUGUUUUAAAUAUCAUAAAAAUGAGGAGCUCAGUUGGACACUUUUUGUAAAUGAUCUAUGAAGCUCCAAUUUGUUUUAAUGCCAUUCAGCCUUAAAGUUGCAUUUCUGUUUGGUCAGCUGGAGAGCUGUAAUUGUGAUGUCAGCUUGAGCAUCUCUGAUUUAUUUUUUUGUUAGCUUAAUAAACUGACCUUUUUCCAUAAACUGGAAUGACAGCAUUCAUCUGCAGAUGUUUUACCCACAUCUGAGACUCUGAAUUUUCACCUGUGAUGGAUGCCCAGUCAGUACUGAGUUGUAAUGUCACGUCAGCAGACACAAAGGUGAUGGACACAAGUGAAGUUCAGCAGCUGAACAAAUGCACUGUGAGGGAAAUUCACAUGGGGCUACAAAUCUGUCUUACGUAAUACACAGAUAUUGUGGUGCUUAGAAGCUCUAAGAGUGUCUGACAACAACAAUAGCCAACAAGGCUACAAAUUCUGCAUGCACCACAAUGGGCAGCUAAGGCCAAACUUUGUGUGAUGCUUGAUUUUGAGCCACACUAUGUAACAUGUGAGGUAGAAGUGGGUACUAUGGCCUAAAAUCUACAUCAUGGUAUAACUGAAAAUUUUGAAGGUUUCGUUAGAUAUCGACAUAACGUAUUAGUAUAUACUUUACACACAGAUGACAAAUGUAUUACUGAUAAAUGUAAUUAGCGUAAUUACCUCCCUUACUCACCCCUACUACUCAAACUGAUUUCACUGCUGGUGUGUCACCUCUUUUGAACCAAAACUACUGCUUUGUUUCCACUCAAUCUCCGUGCUGACUCUUCCUCCAACCAUAUGAAUUCUUUCUCGAGCUUCGUGGAACAAACUACAAAGGCAUGUAGUUGAAGCACAAACCUCAUCUGCCUUUAAGAACUAUCUGAAUAUAAUAUUGGGACUGCUUAGUCAGCUUAGCCUCAUGGACUGGUUUGUCAAAUUUCUUAUGUUCUUGAUGUGACAAACACAUUAAAGCACAGCUUAAUAUUUUUUGAGACCAAGAAUUGACUAUAAAAAGGUCAAAAUAAAGUCAAAUUAUGACAUGGUAAAUAAAAAGAAAAUGCAGCAAUUUGAAUGUUAGCCAGAAACUUCACUUUGGUAUCUGUGUGUAACGCCGAUGUCUCCUUC